AUGUCGGUGAUGUUAGACAGCACUUCGUCCCGGCUCUUUCAGACUACGCGCGAUGGAUUCCAGUCCUGCUGCCAGCAGCUCAUUGAUGACAUCCUGCACAAUGGGUUAUCGCCUGAGGAUGAGCUUGCUGGUAGGGUGGGUCAGCUUCAUCGGUCAUUAGAACAGCUUAAACGAGCCGGACAGAUGAUGGCCAUUGACUGCCCGACCAAUGAGCUUGUGCGUGUUGUACCUACUGGAUUUUUCACCAUUCUAAUCGACCGCCCCGGACAGAUCCCGAUGUCCGAGUUUGAUUGGGCCUGCCUUUAUACCACUGACACUUUGAACAUGCUGACCGAUGACUUUUUGCGCCACAGGUCCCCCACUGACGUUGCCCGCAACAUUGAGACGCAGUCAUUCCUCUGGGAUUUAGCUGUGCCGUUCCCUAUAACGAUUUCCCGGGCUGAAGAUACCGCCCCAGCACCAUAUGUCAACGAUCUUCAGAUCCCUCGAGCUGAUUGUUUCUCUCUUAUGAAUACUCGGAUUCCGGUGAGACCUCGCCCUCCUCCAGUCGACACUUAUGUGGCUUAUAACCGCCCUGUUCCUGGUCCUUAUACCCCUGCCUUGCCCCUACGACCUGCUCCUGGGUUCGAACCUAAGUCUGAGCCUGAGUCACCUCUAGCUGCUGAGACUGGAGGUCUUUAUAUGAGACCCAGCAUAUAG